AUGGCAAUGGGAUCCGGCGAUCCCAGCAAGCCGCCCAAGGUGGCCAUCAUCGGCGCCGGCCUCACCGGUCUCCUCGUCGCCCACGGCUUACAGAAGAAUGGCUUCGACGUCGCCGUCUUCGACCGGGACGCCGGCCUCGACGCCCGCCGCCGCGACUGGACCAUCGUGCUGCACUGGGCCAUGCCCACCAUGGCCAGGCUCCUGCCCGACGAGGUCGUGCGCGCCCUGCCCGGCGCCAUCACGAACCGCUUCCUCGCGUUCGACGACCACGCCGAGAGCCUGCCGUGCUACAACGGCGUCACCGGCGAGCUGCUCUUCAAGAGCCCGCUGCCCGGGUCCCGGCGCGUCUCGCGGCAGCGCCUGCGCAGGGUGCUGUCGCGGGGCGUCGACGUGCAGUGGGGCAAGGCGCUGGCCGGGAUCGAGGUCGGCGACGACGACCAAGAAGAUGCGCCGGUGCGUCUGACCUUUGCGGACGGGAGCGCGCACGAGGCCGACUUUGUGCUCGGCGCCGACGGGGCGUCGUCCGGGGUCCGCGAGUACCUUGUCGGCGCCGAGGCGGCCAGGAUCCGGGGCUCCGGGUUCAUGUUUGCGACGUGCAUCGUCAAGUACAACGACGCGGACAAGGUCGACGCCGUGGUCAAGGCGCACCCCGUGGCCGCCAUCACGCUGGGGUCGAACGCCGGCGCCGGCUGCGGGAUCAUGUACGUCGACGACCCGGACGACAAGGCCUCGUGGACGACCUUCUGGGUCAAGUUCUGGCCCGGCGCGCCGGUCAACCUCGACGGCCAGGACGCGCUGAGCUACCUCCGCGACAACACCAGGGGCCUGUGCGAGCCCUUCCAGUCGCUGAUCGACUGGACGCCCGACGGGAGCACCUGCUACGUCGACGAGAUGAAGUACUGGGUGCCCGUGCCGUACGACAACCGCGGCGGGCGCGUCACGCUGGCCGGCGACGCCGUGCACCCCAUGUUGAUCUACCGCGGACAGGGCUUCCAGCACGCCAUCACCGACGCAAACAACUACGUCGACGCGCUGAUCAAGGCCAGGGACGCAAAGGGCGACGCCAAGGUCCGCAGGGAGGCGGUCGCGGCCUACGAUGCCGAGAUGGUCGAGCGGGGUGCCAACGCGGUCAACCAGUCGGUCCAGGAGGCAAAGCACUCGAUCGACCUCGAGACGCUAGGCAAGAUGCUCAUGGUCAAUAAGGGGCACGGCAGGUCUGCCUAG